AAUUAAAUAACUUUUUUUUUUUUUUGCGUAUGACGAAGACCCGACGGGUUUAAUCGUCCUCAACAAACCCAAGUAGACCGGCCACUGAGUGCUGCUGAUGAACGCUUACUCUGUUUCUCUCGACUUCACUAAACCUUCUCUAUUCACACGCAUCACUCUCUCUUCUCAGAUUCCUCUAACCAUGGCCACCACUGUAAACAAAACAGUUCGUGUCGCAGCUGCUCAAAUGACAUCGGUCAAUGAUCUAAUGACCAACUUCGCCACUUGCUCUCGUCUCGUUCAAGAAGCAGCAUUGGCUGGUGCAAAGCUGAUUUGCUUCCCUGAGAACUUCUCUUUUGUGGGAGAUAAGGAAGGAGAGAGUGUGAAAAUUGCUGAACCAUUAGAUGGCCCAGUGAUGGAACGGUAUUGCUCUCUCGCCAGGGAUUCAAAUAUAUGGUUGUCUCUUGGAGGUUUUCAAGAGAGAUUUGAUGAUACUCAUUUGUGUAAUACACAUGUUGUGAUCGAUGAUGCUGGAAUGAUCCGAGACACUUAUCAGAAAAUGCAUUUGUUUGAUGUUGAUGUUCCUGGUGGAAGCUCGUACAAAGAAAGCAGCUUUACAGUUCCAGGGACAAAGAUUGUUUCCGUAGACAGCCCUGUCGGGCGCUUAGGCCUUACUGUAUGCUACGAUUUGAGGUUCCCUAAGAUAUAUCAGCAACUGAGAUUUGAACAGAAAGCUCAGGUUUUACUAGUACCAUCAGCUUUCACCAAGGUCACUGGGGAGGCACACUGGGAGAUUCUUCUUCGAGCCCGAGCAAUUGAAACUCAAUGUUAUGUCAUAGCUGCUGCUCAAGCAGGAAAGCAUAAUGAGAAAAGAGAAAGUUAUGGUGACACACUGAUCAUUGAUCCGUGGGGAACUGUAGUUGGAAGGUUACCUGAUCGUGUUUCGACCGGCAUUGUCGUGGCAGAUAUUGAUUUUUCAUUGAUUGACUCAGUGAGAACAAAAAUGCCAAUAGAUAAGCAACGAGUCUCAAUAGAUCUCUGAUGAAACCAUUGGUGUUGUGAAAUGUUGCCAAUAUAGUUACAAGCGUAGAAACAUAUCACCUUAUUUGAAUUCUACAUUCUCUGUUUGCUUCGGUGUAUUGUUUCAUCAUUGGUUAGGUGUAGAUGAUCAUUGAGCUUUAGACAGUAGCUUGUCACCUAUACUUUUAGUUGCACGUUGUUCUUUGGUAGUAUUUGUACACAACAUUUAAUAGAUUAUAAAUAAGUAACGUUAAAGAAACAUCUUGACAACAUUGAUGAUUUAUUUAUUGUUAGAGAAAAACAUUUCCUCACAUAAAGCUGGCAAAUUCAAGAGCAUCAUCUACCACAUCCAUGAUUUUAGAU